UCAUCCCCUGUCAUCCUUCUAACAUCGUAGGCUAAUACACUGUUAAUGGGCCUAGGCUACAUAAUGUUUAUUUACGGCCCAUUUGUAUUCCUCGUCAACGGGCCUAAAUACCGUUAAUAGCCCGCUAAAAUCUAAACGGUUCACAGAAAGCAAGAUUACCAUAUACUCCUAUUAGAUUACGCUGAACUUCUCCAUAGGUGAUCGUUCCCGCCGCAUACAACGAUCGGUUUCUUUCUUGAAGCUCUUCCUUCUUUACCAUCACUCUGCAAAGAAGUUAGUUACUCAGCUCCGAUCAUUCUCUUCUAAAUAUCUUUGGCUCCUAGAUUCACGGCGAAUCGUUUACCGUCACUCUCCCCGGCCGUGUGAAUCUCAAAACGAAACCUUAAUUCGCUGCGCCUGAAGCAUUCGAGCUCGUCCCCUUCGGACCAUUUGUUUACAGUUGCACCGUUUUGAACAGUUUUAAGUCUGCAAUGGAUGAGGAAGAUGGAAGCUUGAAGAGGCAUUCACGUGAGAGUUUAGUGUACCUCACAAAAUGUAUGGUUGGGCAUCUCGUGGAAGCGCAUCUAACAAAUGGAUCGGUUUAUAGUGGUAUAUUCCAUGCUGCUCAUCUGGAGAAGGAUUUUGGAAUCAUUCUAAAGAUGGCAUCCUUGAUUAAAGACGGUACUUUAGGAGGGCAUGAAUCUGGUUCCGUGGUUGUCAGAAAGCCACCUAUGAAGAUAUUCUAUAUUCCUUCAGACGAACUUGUGCAAGUUGUUGCUAAGAGUGAGAAGUCGGUGGAGCUUUUGACGGAUUCUUCUAUAUCAAAGUCUUGUCGUGCUGAUCAGAGAAGAGAGCUUAACCCCUGGGUACCUGAUGGUGAAGCUCCUGAGGGUCUGGAUAAUGUGUUUGAUAAGCCUUCGAAAAGUGGGGGAUGGGAUCAGUUUAAGGCGAAUAAGGAACUGUUUGGAGUAAAGAGCACUUUGAAAGUGGACAUGUAUACCACAACAUUUGACAAAGGUUCUUGGACCAGAGAGCUGGAAGAGAAAGCCCUGAGGAUUGCAGGAGAGAUUGAGGAUGAACAUACCGGAGAUCUUCAUGUAGCAGAGGAAAGAGGCCUUCAGACUAAUGAGAAAUUUGAUACUGACGAGGAAGCUAAAUACUCAGCUGAAUGUCCAGUUGAUGGAUUUGAUGAGGAGGGCGACAAAUUGCUGGACACUUGCAACGAUCAGACUUUCGUUGUUUCAUCUACUUCUAGUGUCCAGAAUCCAGCUUCUUCUUGUGGCCAGAAGCCAUCUUCUUCUAGUGGCAAGGGCUAUGGGGGUGGGAGCCAGAGCUGCUCUAUAUCUGAUGAUCACGCUGGUAACCUUCCCUCUGAACAGCGGUCCAAAGAUUUUGCUGUCCAAGGCAGCAGUACCAGUGAGAGCCAGUUGGGUGAGCGAAGAAACAGCAAUGAUCCGGAGGCUGCCCACAGUAACAGAACACCUGAGGAAUCAGUUUCUGGUUAUGGUCAUGGAGAUAUCAAAGAAGGUGCAAAUCUUGGUGGUGGUGGUGGAACCUCGGCAUCGAAGACUGUUGCUGAAGAAGAAAGUCAAGUCAGUCAAGUUUCUGGUAAAACAAAAUCUGAAAGCUCUUUUGGACAGUCGGCUUCUACAAGAAGUUCAGAGAGAGGACCAGCUCCGUCGACGUCAACUAGUCCUGGACUAUCACGAAGCUCGUCAAGUAGUUCGUUGCCCUCAUCGGAAAAGUCCAUUCUUAACCCGGAUGCAAAGGAAUUCAAACCAUCGCAACCACCAGCUCCUGUACGGCCUCAAUCUCCAAUUGCAGGUGGCUCGUUCUACUACGCUGCUCCACCUGUUCAGCAAAUGCCUCGAAUACCAGCUGGAUACGGAUUGCAGAUCAUUGGGUCUGAUCAGGGAUUCAAACCAUCGCGACCACCAGCUCCUGUACGGCCUCAAUCUCCAAUUGCAGGUGGCUCAUUCUACUACGCUGCUCCACCUGCACCAGUUCAGCAAAUGCCUCUAAUGCCUCUAAUGCCUGCUGGUUACGGAUUGCAGAUUCAACCGCAAUAUCCUGAACAACAGCAGCUGCUUCGUUAUCCUGGCCACGAGUAUCCUGAAACCUAUUAUCCUCCAAAAGCACCACCACAGUAUAAGCAGUGGCAGCAGAUGAUGAUGCAAGGACAGCAGCCUAGGCCGCCGCCUCCUCCUUACCACCAGCCGGGAAAUCCACAUAAUCAAGGAUGAGAGUAAUAACCAGAUGGUGAUGAUGUUGUUUCUCUGUGAAGGACUUGAACGAACUAACCAACCCUCUGUUUUGGUUUAUGCUCUUUUUUCUACUUUUCUUAGCCAAUUCCUGGAACCAUUUUCUCCUUUUUAGAUUUCCCCCAUUGGGAUGUUAAUGUCUCUUGUUAUAGGAAAAAAAAGAACAUAAACAAGGAAUGUUAUAGGAGUUGUACUCUCAUGAUUCCAGGUCCCCCAUUGGGACCAUCUACUUGUACUCUCAUGAAUUUGAAGAUAUACAUAUUUUAGAGUUUUGGUCA